CAACCCUUGGAGGACCAAUCCCGUCCUCCACCGCCAGGGGGCGCCGUGGACGCUCAACCCACCGGAAGCGGCGGCGUAGCAAGACCGGAAGUCCUCUUUUUGCCCGUGCCAUGUGGGGGCGUGGCCAAAUACCAUAAAUUAGCGUAGGUUGUACAUCGAGGGCGUGGUUUAGACAUAGGGGCGUGGUUUACCCAUGAGGGGCGCGGCCACACAACCCGGAAGCGGCGCGUUCAAGGUCAGAAAAGGCGGGAACGGGAGAGCGGAAGGGGAAGGGCAAGAACAGGAAGUUACGUACCGGGCCAAGAAGGGGCGUGGCCAAGAGCACGGUGUCCCCUCGAUCCCGGUCCGGCUCCGUCCCCGGUUCCCGUCCCCGGUUCCUCUGUUCCCCUCCAUCCCGUUCCCGGUUCCAGAUCCCAUUCCCGGUCCCCGAUCCCGGUCCCGGUCCCCGGGCCAUGCGGGCGGAGCUGCGCGGCCUGGCGGGGCCGGUGCCGCUGCCCGACGGGCAGCCCGUGGUGCUGGGCCGGGGGCCGCUCACCGGAGUCACCGACCGCAAGUGCUCCCGGCAGCAGGUGGAGGUCGUGGCCAACUACGCCGAGGGCACCGCCCUGGUCACACAGUGUGGAGUGAACCCCAGCUCGGUGGGGGGGUCCGAGCUGGGCCGGGGGGGCCGCGGGACCCUCCGGCCGGGUCAGACCCUGUUCCUGGUGAACGGGAGGUACCCCCUGGAGCUGCACUUUGAGGGGUCCCCCCCCCGCCCCCCAAAACGCCCCCCCAGCCCCCCCGAGGAGCUCUCACCCCCCCCGGCCAAAAAGGGGCCCCUCAGCCCCCCCAAAGUGGGGGGGUGGCAGAAGUUUGGGACCCUCCUGAUUUACACCCCCCCGGGGGUGCGGCCCAGCACGAAGAUCGCGGGGUUCGACCUGGACGGGACCCUCAUCACCCCCCGCUCGGGGAAGGUGUUUCCCACCAGCCCCGACGACUGGAGGAUUUUGUACCCCGAGGUCCCCAAGAAGCUGAAGGAGCUGCAGAAGGAGGGGUAUAAGCUCGUGGUGUUCACCAACCAGCUGGGGAUCUCUCGGGGGCGGCUGCGCCCGGAGCUGUUCCAGGCCAAGGUGGAGGCCGUGUCGCAGCACCUCGGGGUCACCCUGCAGGUGCUGGUGGCGACAGGGCCGGGGGUCUACAGGAAACCAGUGCUGGGAAUGUGGGACCACCUGUGCGAGAAGGCCAACGGGGCCGUGGCCGUGUCGGUGCCCGACAGUUUCUACGUGGGGGACGCCGCCGGGCGUCCCCCAAACUGGGCCCCAGGGCGGAAGAAGAAGGAUUUCUCCUGCAGUGACCGAGCGUUCGCCCUCAACGCGGGGCUGCGGUUCCUGACUCCCGAGGAGAUGUUCCUGGGCUGGGCCCCGGCGCCCUUCGAGCUCCCGGCCUUCGACCCCCGCCGCCUGGACACCGAAACCCGCCCGGUGCCCACCCGGGACGAGCUGGUGUCGCGCCGGCCCGAGGUGCUGGUGGCCGUCGGCUUCCCCGGCGCCGGCAAAUCCACCUUCGUGAAGCGGCACCUGGUCCCGGCGGGAUACGAAUACGUCAACAGGGACACGCUGGGCUCGUGGCAGCGCUGCGUCUCCGCCUGCUCGGCCGCCCUGGCCAAGGGUCGGCCCGUCGUCGUCGACAACACCAACCCCGACCCCGAGUCACGACAGAGGUUCGUGUCCUGUGCCCGGGAAGCGUCGGUGCCGUGUCGGUGCCUUGAGUUCACCGCGAGUCUGGAGCAGGCAUGGCACAACUGCCGGUUCCGGGAUAUGACACAGAGCGGCCACGUCCCCGUCACCGACGCCGUCCUGUUUGGCUACAGGAAACACUUUGUCUCCCCCUCCCUCGCCGAGGGCUUCUCCCAAAUCCUCAAGAUCCCCUUCGUGCCAGAUUUUGGGGACCCCCCGGACCCCCAACGCCGGCGCCUCUUCUUCCAGUUCAGUGACGGAUGAGCCGCCCCCCAGCCCCCCAAUAAAGGCACUGCCCCCAAACCGCCCCAAAUCCCUCCAAAUUUGGCUCCAAAU